AUGACAAAUGUGUACUCUUUCGAUGGGAUCCUGGUGUUUGGGCUGCUCUUCAUCUGCACGUGUGCAUACUUCAAGAAGGUACCUCGCCUCAACAGCUGGCUGCUCUCGGAGAAAAAGGGAGUGUGGGGAGUCUUUUACAAAGCUGCAGUCAUCGGGACACGUCUUCAUAUAUCGGUGGCCAUCUCCUGUGUGAUCAUGGCGUUCUAUUUGAUCUUCCUGAAAUGA